AUGGCAAAACAUUCCAACAACGCAUCUACUAAAUCCAUGCAAGAAAUAUGUGGUCUGCGAAAUCUAGGUAAUACUUGUUUUAUGAAUGGAAUUCUCCAAUGCCUCAACAGUACGUUUCCAUUGAUUGACGCCGUUCGUCAAUCAAGCUUUCUCAGAAACAGUGGACGCCUAUCGAAAUCGUUUGCAAACUUAGUAGAAGAUUUAAAAAAUCCAAAAUCUUCACCGGUAGAUCCUAGCUCUUUCAAAGCGGCUGUUGGAAAAUAUACUACAAAAUUUCUCGGCUAUGAACAGCAAGACUCACACGAAUUACUGACUGUGGUUUUGGAGGCGUUGAUCGAAGAAACGAUCAAUGCCAAUGAUCGUUCCAUCAUCUCAGAUCUCUUCGAAGGCCAAAUGCAAUAUACCAUAAAAUGUUUACAGCCUGGUUGCAGUUACGAAAAGGUGGAUACCGAUCCGUUCUAUACUCUGUCACUAUUUAUUGAAGAUAAAACAGAAAAUCGAUCCUCUACAAAAAGGGAUUCACGAGUGCUUCACGUUCGUUAUAUCAAUCUUGAGGGUCAUGUACAAAUACGUGACAUUUCGUUUUCCAGCAAUGAUACAAUCAAAUUACUCGAUGACAAACUUCAACCAUCACCAAACUGUUGUUAUAAUAAUGCUGUUCUACGUUUUGCAGAUCGGAUUUCGACGCAUUCUGGUUUUAUUCAUCCUCCAACAGUGAUUCGAGUUCCGAAAAAUUGUAAUGAUCGUCGUAGUAUCGCCAAAACAAUCGAAAAGCAUUUGAAGAAUCUUUUAGAUUUAGGGAAUUAUACCAAGGAUAUUUCUGGAGACAUUAAAGUUACUUCAGAAUCUCACAUAUGCAUUUUCGAAAGCAACAUUACCGUUUGGUGCGAUAAAGAAGAUUUCAAACAUUCAAAACUUUUGAAAAAAUCACUUAUUCAAGAAACUACAUAUGUCACAGCUAGUUCCUGGUAUCCAGAAAUGAGCAGUAGCAGCACAACACUUGAGCAGUGUCUUUCCAAUAUAGCUGUUCGCGAAUAUUUGUCGCCCUCUAGUGUGUGGUGUUGUUCGCAAUGUGGACGAACGAGUAAUGCUUCGAAACAAAAUCGUCUCGUCUCAACUCCACCAGUUCUUGUCAUUCAGCUUAAACGAUUUCAUUUCAAUUAUUCUACAACUACCAAAGUAGAGAGGCUAGUUAAAUAUCCACUAGAACUUGAUAUGAACCCCUUUUUGUUAUUACCAAGACGCGAGAAGCGUCCUGUUACCAUGUAUGAUUUGGUCGGCGUAUGCUUGCAUUCAGGUACGCGAGCAAACGGCCAUACAACAGCUUAUGUGAAACGCUCGAUUUCUGGUCAAUGGUAUUACUGUGAUGAUUCUUACACCUGCCCUAUAUCAAAAAACGAAGUGAUCGAAAGAAAUACACGCGAUGCAUAUAUUCUUUUCUAUGUAAGACGCUCAAGCACCUAA